GGCGCACGAGCACUUUACGAGCAGGGUCUCCCACCGUCUCCCCGCAAAAGCCUCGGCUCAUGCCUCGGCGUAUCGGCCUAUGACACUUUGCCGGCCGCGUGCCUCCAUCUCCGUGUCCGUCCAACAUUCUUGCCGCCGACUGCUGUCGCAUCUCAAUCUGAGUAAACAUCCACUCGUCUGGAGUCAGCAGCUGUCAAGAUGGUGCGCGAAGACCUCAUCUCUAGUGCCGUUUUAUUCUUGCAAGACCCCUCUGUAGCUGGAGCCCCUGUCGACCAACGCAUCGCCUUUCUCAAAUCAAAGAACCUGACACAGGAAGAGAUCGACCUUGCUCUCCAACGCGCUGGCUCGGAACCUCCGAUAUCACCACCUCCACAAACACAAGUCCAGUCAUAUCAGAGGCCACCGCCUCAGUCAUACAAUCAGAAUGCCUACUGGCAACAACCUCCACCACCACCUCCGGAGCUACCGCGACGAGACUGGCGUGAUUGGUUCAUCAUGGCUACUGUAGUUGGUGGUCUUGGUUUCGGUGCCUACACUGUCGCGAAACGAUAUAUCUAUCCUCUCAUCGCUCCUCCCACUCCACCUCAGCUCGAGCAAGACAAGGCUGCAGUCGAUGCCUCCUUCGAGAAAGCCUUUGCCCUGCUAGACCAACUCGCAACAGACACACAAGACCUCAAGUCUUCUGAACAAGCUCGUACCGAGAAGCUGGACACUGCCUUGUCAGAGGUCGAAUCUGUCAUUGGCCAGCUCAAGGAUGCGAGCAGACGAAGAGAUGACGAGGGCAGGAGGUUAAAUGAUGAGAUUCGUGGCCUGAAAGACAUGAUCCCUGCUGCCAUGGAGUCUCAGAAGAAGUCUGCUGACCAGCGCUUGUCCGAUCUGGCUACUGAGAUGAAGAGCCUCAAGACUCUGAUCAACAACAGAAUGUCUGCUCCUGCUCCAAGAAGCCCUAAUCCGUCUGCUCCUACCUUCAACCCUACCACUGGAAGCUCUGUCCCAGCUUCAAGUGCCACACCAGCCGCUGAAUCUUCUACGAACGAAUCUACACCUACACCAGCUGCUGACACCAAGCCUUCAAUUCCUGAUCGCUCCUCGACAUCCAGUCCCUAUGGCCGUUCGAUGAACGGACGGGCCGCCAUUCCUGCCUGGCAACUAGCUGCGAACAAAAAGAACCAAGAAGCAAAGGAGAAGAGUGGUACUGUUGAGACUCCUUCGGAAAAUGCCACUGCCUGAACUUGACAAUUAUGCCAU